AUGCGAGGCGCUAAAGGUUCUCCUCUUUUGUCCCUUGCGCAGGAUCCUCUCCCGCAGGCGCGCGGAGACCUCCGCAGCUGGACUCUUGCCGCCGCCGCGGCGGGGCCUGUAGGCGCGCUGCGGAGGGCGCCGGGUAGCGGCGCGCGCGGCGGAUCGUGGGGGGAGUUUCUGUGCGGAAGCAGUUCAGACGGCGGGGAUGUCCUCGUUCUCUUCGUGGGAGCCGGCGAAGCAGCCCGAAGGGACAGCCAAGCCCGUGGCGCGCGCGAUGCGACCGCGCACGAAGAGGAGAAGGCCGCCGCAGCAGGGGGGGGCGAGGCCCGGUCGCAGCUGGCCUCCGAAGCCUCAGCCGCAGAGGCAUCCGCCAGGCAAGCGAUGCAGGCUCAAGCCGCGAUGGACACUGUGAAUUUUCUCUACAUGCUGCACUGCAAGCUCGUGCGGAUUGUGGAUCUGAGGGAGCCGCGGAACAGUUUCCUUCUGCAGUAUCUUCGGCACGCCUACCGCGCCCGCGCGUGGCAGCGGACACGCGAACGCAGUUUUGGAAGGUACACCUCCGCUGAACGAGGAGGCGAGCCGCAGGACGCGAGCGAGCUUGAGGGCGAAGCGGCGGCCGCCACGGAGCUGGAGGACGCCCCAGACAGCGACCCGGCCUUGUCUGUUGUGGAUCGCGCGACUGGCUCCGAGGAGCUCUUGUUCGGGUGGGAGCAGAUUCGGGACUUUUUUCUGGCGCGACUCGCUCUCAAGGCGCGGCGCAUGGCCCGCGCGCAACAGGAGGAGUUCUUGGGGCUCGCCGGGCUCGUCGAGGGCUUGUCCGUGUCGCCGUCGAACGCCACGCAGGCCGUGAAGGCGCCGCAGCAGCCGUCAGGCUUGCCGGCGGUUGGGCAUCCACUUCUCAAGCACUGGUGGGAUCCUCUGGGCCUGAGCUUCGACUUGUACGUUCAGGCCGCGUGCGGAAGCGAGUGCCCAGCUACGCAGCAGGUUCUCACAGCUCUGAGCAAGACGGGGCUCUCCGAAGUUGUCAGGAUCCACGAGUGUGGGAAGCCAACGGCAAAUAUCCCCCCAGUCAUCGGCCCCGGCGGUCUUUCAGUGCUGCCGGCCUUGGGCAUUGGUAAUCGGCUUAUAUACGGGGUGGAUCAAAUCGCCCGCUUUCUUCACGCCCUUGGGUCUUUUGUUCCGACGCCAAAGUUGCUUCGCAACGCCCUGAAAGCGUCUGAAAGGCCUCUGAGUUCUACAGACGACGUCAACGUGUCCACGGGCGGCGCUGGCUUUCCCGAGUCGCUUGCGGUCGACGAGAGUAGUGCAGAUGACGAAACUCGAGACGUCUGGCCUUCUCCCGGUGAUGCAAAGGCCAGAGAACGUUCGGUUCUCCGCUUGCCUCCGGGGCUGGAUGACGCGACGCUUGUGUGCAACACCUUGAAUCUGGCUUCCUGUCAAACGUUGCUGGACUGGCUGACCGCGCGCGGACUGUUCAACCAAGUGAAGAAAAACUUCGUCACGCAGACAGGGCCUGUGCAAUACGGGAAAACUUCUCUGAAGAAAGACAUGUUCGACCCCCUGCUCGUCAGAGAAGGCGUCAUUCUGGCGCAAGGGCUUGUGGGUAUUCCCGCGCGAAUCGCUGCCGCCUUUGUUGCAGCGGAUGUCCAGAGUUGGAGUUGCGCCCCGGUGGUUGUGGAGGCGUUCCUGGUUCGGGGACGGCCGACGACUCAGGAGGCGGAGAGGAUCGUAGCCGCCAUGGCGAGGAAAGGUAUGGGCAAACGAGUUAGGAUCAAAACUUUUCGUCUCCCCCAGCGGCUCGCGAUUGGCGGAUUGCUGUACCCCAUCCCUCUCGUGGUUGUACCCGGGAUCGCGCAGUUUGUUGGCUUGGAUGAAGUGAAGGUCUUCGUUGCCGCUCUGGGGCAAGUCGUGGAUUCGAUACCUUGA